UAACCUCUCAUGAAAUGAAUCGGUUGUUGAAAAUUACUUUUAUUUGCACAGCCUUUGAGAUAAUCUAAACCUUGAACUUGAAAUGCAGUUAAUGCCCUGUUUUCCUUAAGCUGAUCAUACCUUUGUAUCGCGUGACCUCUCGCGAUGAAUGAGAAGGAAUAUAAUUUCACGGAGGUGAAGAAAUGGCAUGCCAUAAAUAAAAUGUUUUAAACCCAAAAGGUUAUUAAACAAGAUAUAGUUAGAUCUCACAAAGUACAGUACUCUAUAAUAAAUCAAAUACACGAAGAUGUCACUCCUGGUAAAGGAGGGGAAGAAAGCAAGAUUUCUCUAACGUAUAUGUUCGAUCUUGAAUGUGUCAUUAAAACAUACCUAUUAAACGAAGAAAGUAUAAUGUUUGGCCUCUCCAUGCAAAGAUAAAGGUAUUCUCCGAGAUAAAUGUUUACCACAUUUGAAGGACGUUAACAGAAGGACUAUUGAGACAGAACCCAGGAUCGCAUUCGUCAUGUCAGAAUUCAGUUAUCUUUGUACUCCACGGACCACUCCAUUCAAUUACAAAACAAUUCCUAGAGUCUUCAAUGAAAUAACAACAUCAUUUCCUGAUCAAGAAAUUCUCAUUUAUCGAGGUAUGGAUGGAACCCGGGAAAGCUUGACUUGUCGUCAACUGCAGACGCAGGCAACAAAAUUAGCAGAUUAUUUGAUCACGAAGGGUGUUAAAAAGGGAGAUAAAAUUGCUCUCGCUGGACCCAACACCCUAGAAUGGGUGAUUGCAGAAUUAGCGAUAAUCAUGGCAGGGGGAGUUGUUGUGCACGUGUCCUUCAGCAUAACCAACGCCAAGGACGUUUACGAAAUAGUUUCAUUUGCUGAGUGCAUUGCCUUUUUGAUUGACCCCGGGAAACGGGAUGAAUAUUUAGAUAUAAUUUUACAACUUAAUGUAUAUCUAAGGGAAAAGGCAAAUGUUUCAUCUCUGGUGUUUCUCAGAAAGAGCGAUUAUUUAACAUCCUAUGAUGAUCUCCCUGGAGUAUUACAGUUGGAAGAAGAAACCGAAGUUGAAUUUCCUAUACUCUACCCCGAGGAGGACGUUGUGCUUUUCACGACGUCUGGAAGCACGGGGAAGCCUAAAAUGGUAGCCAAAACACAUUUUCACGCAGUCAACACUGAUGUUUUUUACCCUGGGAAAACUUACAAUGAUCGACCGUUUGCUUGGAUACUUGGAUCUCCCAUUUACACAGUAUACCAAGGAGAACCUAGAGUAUUCUGUGAUUCCUCAAUUGCUUCAGAAGGAAAUAACACUAUGAAGAUAUGGGAAUUAAUCAAAGAAGAACAGUGUGCUUCUGCCAUACUUUUACCAUACUUUCUUUCUGAUCUAGUGACUAACAUAGACAACUACAAAGAUUCGUUCAAACUCGAUGUGGUCAUCACAACUGGACAACGAAUUGAUGAACUCCACUCGAAAGUCGUUGGAGUAUUUACGAAGACUUUGGCAAAUGGAUACGGAUCAACUGAGAUAUAUCGUGCAUCUUUACUUCUGCCUAGUACCACUGCUAAUGAAAUGGAAGCUGGAGACAUAGGAAAACCUAUGCCAGGCAUAGAAGUGAAGAUCAUUGAUGGAGAUGGAAAUGUUUUAAGAAAACAUGAGAAUGGUGAACUUUGCCUACGAAGCAUAUGUGGUUUUGAGAAAUAUUACAAGAAUCCAGAUUUAACCGAGGAAGUCCUUUUGCCUGGAAAGUGGUUUCGUUCUGGCGACAUUGCGCAAAUAAAUGAAGACAACCAUAUUGUUAUAAAAGGACGUAUCAAGGACUGUAUUUCCCGAGGUACAAGAAAAAUUAUGCCCAGUAGCAUCGAAAAAUCCAUUUUAACAAUGAAUGGAAUAAGACAAGUGAUUGUGGUUGGUGUACCUAACAAGCGCUUAUACGAAGAAAUUUGCGUUUGCUAUGUCACAGAUACAGAGCAAGGAAUUUCCCCAACCGAUGUAAAGCAGUUUUGCAUGGACAUGUUCAUUGGGCAUGAUGCCAUUGAUGGUCUUGGAGAAAUGCCAACGUAUUUUCUCCAAUUCCAUAGUCUACCGAUGCUUGGUAAUGGAAAGGUUAACAAAAAGCAGUUAAGAAUUGAUGCCAUUCAACAGCUAGAAUUGAUUGAUCGGAUGUAAAGUGAACUAGUGUUAUCAAUUUUUCCAUCCAAUUUGAACUUUGCAUUUUUAAAAACUAAUUAGAUAUGCCCAAACAAACUCAUCUUUAAUAUGAAGACUUCUUUUUUAGAUGAAAUACCCAAUAUACUUCAGAGACGUGUAUAUUUACUCAAGAUUUGAAAUUCAAGACUCAGUGUAUCUUUCUCAAAGGACCUCACCAAUUUAGCGGUGGCAUAUGCCCCUGGAUGAUUUAGUAAAACAUCGAAGUUUGAAUUUUGUCAUUUACAUUGACCGAAGAUGUUCAUUAAUACUUCAAUUUACAGGUCAGGUAUUUUAUUUUACUGAAAAGAUCGUUAACAUUAAGCGCUAUGCCGUCUUUCGAAGUCGUGGUUGUCUCUGUUGAUAUUCAUCGAAUGACCGGGUUUUAAAGCCUUUGUUUAUAUUUAGCAUAAGUUUGUCCAUAUUCCUUCUUUCUAUUAUAAAUCUAUUUGUAAUAAAGAAAAUUAUAUUCAAAUGACAAGACCGGGCAAUCUUAUGUCGGUGAUGGAAUUCAUAAAAAUCUGCAAAAACUACAAAA